CCAUAUUGAAGUCUCACUCACAGUGCGAGUACGGUAGCCCAAGUGAAAGCAACGGCCGAGCUUCUCUCUCGUUCGUUGUCUCUCCAUCGGUGUUUCCUUGGCUUUCUUUCAACCCUACAGCAAAAUCGUUGUCAGUCGUUUUGUGGUGGAAUUUUUUUUAUAUAUAGAAAACAUUCGCCAUCGUCCGUGACCUUCGUUUUAACCCCCCCAUAGGUGCUUCGACUACGUAUAUAUAUUAUAUAUAUAGUGGUCUCUUUAGACAAUUGAAAUUAGUUUAUUACUAAAGGCUUUUUUUGAUAUCGAAGAAGUGUUUGUGCGUGUGAGAUUUUCUACUAAUCGGUGUUUGUCCUGGACCAGGCGAAAGUGGAUUCCAUGUUCGCGAGAUUCGUAGUUGUGAAGGAGGCAAUACACAGAGAAGGAUACCAUAUCCUAUUGCUUGCAGUUGGUCGUUUCCCUUCCUAGUGUGUGAGAGUCCGUGUGUUGGAGUGUUGGUCGCAAUGGCCCAGUAAGGGCAGGAAGAAGGCAAUGGCUGCCACCAACAGCGUCCAGGAAGAUCCAUAUCACCCUCGGCUUGUGUUUAUUACCAGAGGCAAUCGCACCCUGUGGAAGGACCCAUAGCCUAUCGAAGCAGAACUAUUUUUAUAGCGACUUUUACACCGUAGCCAUCUGACUUUUGUAAAGGUUUUAUAUCGAGUAUUUUGUAAGAGUUGUGUGUCUGUGAGAAAAGGCCGCCGAGAGCUGCUAUAUAUAUAUUUCAAGACAUUUUUGUUUCCCUGAACAUUGUCGUCUUCGUCAUUGUCGUCGGUCUGUGUUCGAAUUGCGGGUGACAGACAACAACAACAACAGCAACAACAACAACAGCAACAUCUGAAUUUGCCUGGAAGACGUUCCUCAUCAAGCCAUGGUGAUGAACACUUUCCGGUCUAAGUUGCGGCGUCGCCGCGACGAGUUUUUCCGACGGGGAUCCGAUGACUCUGACGAGUGGCAGUUCGUGCCUUUUAACCCUUCUGUCUAUCCCGGCAACAACAACAACAACACCCUCAACAACAACGGCAAUUCCUCCCGAGGUGGAAGUGGAGGCGGCAGCAGCAGCGGCGGAGCCGCUCCUUCCACGCCCAAGCCCGCACUGCGUCCGUGGGCGCAGCAGAGAGCCUCAUGGCAGGAGACCAACCCACCUGUCCCGCCGCAUGGCCACGGCUCCCUGGUCAAAGGGUACUUCCCUUUGCCCCCGUGCCCGGAGUCUUCGCCGCCCCCGCUCCCGCCCCACUCUCAUGGAUACCCGGGUUCCGUGCCCAAUUGGUACGGCGUGCAAUUCCCCGACACUCCCAACCAUUACCCGGCGUCUGUGCCCCCUGGGCAGUCGAGGCCUACUCCCGUCGUCCUGCGAAAGGCCGCCCGCGCCGCCCCUCCCCCUCCCCCGCCCGAGUCUCUUCCUCCUUCUCCUUCGGCCCCUCCGAGCACCAGCGCCAACACCAUCCCGAGUGCCUCUGCCGCCUCUGCCUCUGCCUCCUCCACUUCCAGGCCCAAUAGCUACGGGGGUCCUCCGCCCCCUCCGCCGGUGUCAGCGGCUGCUGUAGCAGCGGCCGCUGCUGCUGCUGUUGCUGCUGCCUCGAAUCCCAAUGCUGCGACCAUGAGUUCCACCGGCGAAGGAGGGACCUCGAGGCCGAACAGCAGAGGUCCUUCUUCGAGGCCGAACAGCGGCUGUUCCAGGCCGACCAGCAGCUGCAGUGUGAGCAGCAGCCGCCCCAACAGCAGCGUCGGGGGCUCUCGGCCAAACAGUGGCAUCGGAGGAGGGAGUAAUACCAUGGGGGAGGGCAGUGUGUCACGCCCCACCAGUGGCGUAUUUGAUCAGGUGGAUGGUAAGUUGGCGGUGAGCCCCGAGGGAAUCCCCCCGACGGUGCCCCCCCACGGGCGGCCGGCCGUGCCGCCGCACGUGGUCAGUCCCAGGACCCUGAUACCUCCUUCGACGUUACCUGUCACCAGCUGCAUGCCACCACCGCCGCCGCCGCCGCCCACAAAUUCACUGCCUAUGCCACCACCACCCACAGUGCCCAUUCCCCCACCUCCUGUGCCUGCCCACGCCAGGGACGAGACUCCCUUACCUUGCCACGCCCACAAUGGCGUCCUGCCCUUCCCCGUUGCGACACCGGAAGGACCACCCGAUGGGCCUCUGCCUGCCCCACCUCCUCCCGCGCAUGCAUGUCAUCACCACCACUCCAGAUCUCGACCUGGGUCAGGGAAGGUCGGUCACCUCAGCCUGGAACAGCUGGCGCCCUACGUGGCGGCCAUGCUCAAUGCCCAUAGCGACACGGAGCAUCACAGCGAUGGCAUGUCCCCCGACUCUCCCGAGUACAAGGUGCCCGUCGACCAGUCCCCGGAGUACAAGUCGCCUUGCGAGUGCGAGAGCUGUAGCCCGCCUCCGCCUCCUCCACCUCCUCCUCCUCCUCCUCCCCCUCACCAAUCUCAUCCUCUUCCUCAUUCAGGGUGGCGUCUUGGCUUCUGCAGCUUCCGGUUAUUGCAACCGAAUUGUCUUGCUUUCGCCAGCAGAUAGCGAUUCCAUCGCGGGGAUUCUCUUUGAUGGCGGUGGUGCUCCGGUUUUCCCUGUGGUUUUACCAUUCGGGGGAAUCUUGUUGUCUAGGGGUGGAAAGGUUUCUUAGUUUGUUUCAUUAAUAAGCGAAUUGUAUUAUUAUUAUUAUUAUUAUUAUUAUUAUUAUUAUUAUUAUUAUCAUCAUCAUCCUGGUGUGAAAAGGUUCUUUAGUUUGUUAUACUCUUAAGCGAAUUUUAUUAUUAUUGUUGUUGUUUUUCUUCUUCUUCUAAGGGGUUCACAAUAAUAAAAAUUUUUUAAGAGUUCUUGUAUAAUUUAUAAACACUUUAUGAAAGCUUCCGAACCCUUCCCUGGGUUCAUCUUCAGUUUAGAGGGAUUGAAGAUAAACCCAGGAAAGGGUUCGAAAGCUUUUAUAAAGUGAUUAUAAAUUAUACACGAACUUUUAACAUUUUUAUCAUUGUGGACCCCUUAGAACAUUGUAUAAACUCUUGUGAUAGAGAGUUUUUUCCCAAUAAUAAUAAUUAUAAUAAUAAUAAUAAUAAUAAUAAUAAUAUCGUGAUGAUGAUUUAUAAUUUUUAUGCUCUGUAGCCCUUUUUUUUGAUAAUGUUAAUCACAAAUUUAAAAGCACCAAUGCAGUGAAUUAUGACGUUGCGAUUAAAUGGUAAUGCGUUUAUCUUCUCUAUUAGAUUUCCCUCACAGAUCUGUCUCCCCUCCCCCAGUUUUUAAUGACCCCGAAAUUAAUCAAAGGAGAUUAUAUACUCCCACGGACAGACGGUCUGGUUUUAAUUAAUAAACCCGACGCUCUUAAAACCUAUAAGUAUCUAAUAGCAUUAAAGGAGCCUUUGCUUUUUAUACAAAUUGUUAAAUAAAUUGAAACUAGCUAAAGGGCAAAAGAGUUGAAUUCUGUUUCUGUAGUGUAAAUGUAGUAGUAGAUACGGUGCUUUUAUAACAUUGUUUCGUUCCUUGAAGUAACUGGCAAAGCAUUUAUGAUAAAUAGUCCAGAUUGUGUAUUCGUAAAAUCGCUACUGACUUUUCAAGGGUAGUCAGAAAACUGUUAGCAAAAACAUGAGGAUUAUGAGUUAAAUAAAGGUUACUUACAGUUACCAUAAAA